AUGGUGUCUCUGUGGCCAUGGAGGGCGGGCGAAGAUGCUGCCUCGUUCGAAAGGACGCUCUCAGCUCUCACCGCCAAAAUCAACAAAGCUACCGCCGUCAAUGACAAGCGCCGCCAGACCUCAAGACGCGCCCGCGUUAUGUGGACGCUCUAUGCUGGGUUUGCGUAUAUCCUGGCUGCGUUACUGCUCAUCUUAGUCACUGGCCGCCAGAACUGGGGUAUCGUGGAAGUGUCAGUCAUUGCAGGCAGUCCUGUCGUCAUCUACCUUGUCCGCUAUGCGCUCACGUGCUACUUCGACUACCGCAUAUCCAACACCGACGCCUACCUGAGGAAGCUCAACAAAGAGCGUGAUGCUACAAUCAAUAGGCUGAAGGAGGCCACCAAGUACAACUCUACUCAGCAGUUGCUCGAGAAGUACGGUGCUUCGCCCAAGCAGGAGGUACCUCAGCCGUCGCCGAAUAGUAAAAAGCAACAAACCCCUCAGAAACCUCCGCAACCACAAGGCCCACGCACAGGCAUUGCACCUCCACCGACUGCAAACAUUCAACGUCCGCAGAACCAAUCGCAGAACCCAGUGACACCGCAGCGUGUACCUCCAGUACCUAUCUCACCUCAGGAUCGCCCACAACCACCCUCACCAGGCGCCGAAUUCGCACCGAAUGCAUUCGCACCUGUCGACUCAACGAAACAGUACUCUUCUGCACCCGUAACUUCAUUCACACAAUCUCGCUGGUACGACCGCAUCCUUGACGCUCUUCUGGGCGAAGACGAAACACAGCCCAAGAACCGCCUCGCCCUGAUCUGCUCCGAAUGCAGACUCGUAAACGGGCAAGCACCACCCGGCGCUCGCACGGUGGAGGACAUCGGCAAAUGGAGAUGUGGUGGGUGUAAUGCUUGGAACGGCAAGGAGACGCCGCACGAGGAGGUCGCAAAUCUGGUUCAGAGUUGGGAUGCUGCGCGCAAGGUGAAGGCUAAGGAGAUGGUGCGUGAUGCAGAAGAGGAGGAUGUUGGUGAUGAAGGUGAAGAUGAUGGCGAGCCUGUAGUUCAGGAGAUGGUUGAUGUUGAUGAUACUCCGCCUAGCAAGUCGACGAGGAGCAAGACAAAGGGAAAGGGCAAAAAGUGA